AUGACAGGAAAUAUGACUGCCGCACGAGAUUAUCACACAGCAUCCACAUUAUCAAACGGAUCGGUAUUACUUGCUGGCGGAUACGGUGGUAAUUAUCUCAAUAGUGCUGAAUUGUACAAUCCAUCAACAGGUAUUUGGACAACUACAGGAAAUAUGAGUGGCACACGAGAAUCUCACACAGCAUCCACGUUAUCAAAUGGUUUAGUAUUAGUUGCUGGUGGAUGGAACGGCGCUAGUUAUUUCAAAAGUGCUGAAUUGUACAACGCAUCAACAGGUAUUUGGACAAUCACAGGAAACAUGAGUGCCAUUCGAGGAUUUCAUAUAGCAUCUAUAUUAUCAAAUGGAUCAGUAUUAGUUGCUGGUGGAUUCAACGGUGCUUAUCUUAAUAGUGCUGAAUUGUACAAUCCAUCAACGGGUACCUGGACAAUCACAGGAAGCAUGAAUACAGCACGAGGAGAUUACACAGCAUCCACAUUAUUAAAUGGGUCAGUAUUAGUUACUGGUGGAGAGAACGGUACUUAUUUCAAUAGUGCUGAGUUGUACAAUCCAUCAACAGGGACUUGGACAACGACAGGAAGCAUGAAUGUCGCACGAGGAUUUCACACAUCAACCACAUUAACAAAUGGAUUAGUAUUAGUUACUGGUGGAUGGAACGGUGUUACUUAUUUCAAUAGUGCUGAGUUGUACGAUCCAUCAACAGACACUUGGGCAACAACAGGAAACAUGAGUGUCGCGCGAUAUCGUCACACAGCAUCCAUAUUAGCAAAUGGAUUAGUAUUAGUUAUUGGUGGAUACAACGGUCUCACUUAUUCCAAUAGUGCUGAAUUUUACAACCCAUCAACCGCUACCUGGACAACUACAACAAACAUGAGUAUCACACGAUAUGGUCACAAAGCAUCUACAUUAUUAAAUGGAAAAGUAUUAGUUACUGGUGGAUGGCACGGUGCUUAUCUCAAUAUUGCUGAGCUUUAUCAAUCAAUAUAG